GCCCCUUUAAGGCGCGGGGCAUUGUGGGUGCGGGGAGUGGAAUUUUGGAACGAAAUGUAGCGAAGAGAAGUACAGUAGUAAGAGUAACAUUGUAGCCGCCGCCGGCCGAGGGGGCGCGCCGGGUAGGGGACGCCGCACCCCCUUUCUGCCGCAGGGGUCCCCCCAUCAAAGCACCAGCGGGAGGAGGCGCCGCAGGACCUGUCCCGGCCGGGUUCACGUUCCCCUCCAGGAAGCCGGACUCUAUGGGGCGGGACCCUGGGGGAGACUGAGCAGAACCUGGAGCCAGCCCCGUACCCCUGAACCUCGAGCCAGGGGCGCCCCGGGAGCACUCACCCCGUGGGCGCGCCGCCCGCCCGCCGAGCAGCCAUGAGUGAGACAGCCGUCUGUUCCAGCCGGGCCACUGUCAUGCUUUAUGACGAUGGCAACAAGCGAUGGCUGCCCGCCGGCACCGGUCCCCAGGCCUUCAGCCGCGUCCAGAUCUACCACAACCCCACGGCCAAUUCCUUCCGGGUCGUGGGCCGGAAGAUGCAGCCCGACCAGCAGGUGGUCAUCAACUGUGCCAUCGUCCGGGGUGUCAAGUAUAAUCAAGCCACCCCCACCUUCCAUCAGUGGCGCGACGCCCGCCAGGUCUGGGGCCUUAACUUCGGCAGCAAGGAGGACGCAGCCCAGUUUGCCGCGGGCAUGGCCAGUGCCCUAGAGGCGUUGGAAGGAGGUGGGCCUCCUCCGCCCCCAGCACCUCCCACCUGGUCUGUCCAGAACGGCCCCUCCCCGGAGGAGGUGGAGCAGCAGCAGAGAAGGCAGCAGUCUGGCCCCCCGGAGCUGGAGCGCAGGCCCUCCAAUGCAGGAGGCCCACCUGCUCCCCCAGCUGGGGGCCCACCCCCACCGCCAGGACCUCCUCCUCCUCCGGGUCCCCCCCCACCUCCGGGUCUGCCCCCCUCCGGGGUCUCCGCUGCAGGACAUGGAGCAGGGGGAGGCCCACCCCCUGCACCCCCUCUCCCGGCAGCACAGGGCCCCAGUGGUGGGGGGGCUGGGGCCCCAGGCCUGGCUGCAGCCAUUGCUGGAGCCAAACUCAGGAAAGUCAGCAAGCAGGAGGAGGCCUCAGGGGGGCCCUCGGCCCCCAAAGCUGAGAGCGGCCGAAGCACAGGCGGGGGGCUCAUGGAAGAGAUGAACGCCAUGCUGGCCCGCAGAAGGAAAGCCACGCAGGUCGGGGAGAAACCCCCCAAGGAUGACUCUGCCAAUCAGGAGGAGCCAGAGGCCAGAGUCCCAGCCCAGAGUGAAUCUGUGCGGAGACCCUGGGAGAAGAACAGCACAACCUUGCCAAGGAUGAAGUCAUCAUCGGCGCUCACUUCCGAGGCCCACCCCUGUACGCCUAGCUCCAGUGAUGAGUCAGACCUGGAGAGGGUGAAACAGGAGCUUCUGGAAGAGGUGAGGAAGGAAUUGCAGAAAGUGAAAGAGGAAAUAAUUGAAGCCUUUGUCCAGGAGCUGAGGAAGCGGGGUUCUCCCUGACCACAGGAACCCAGAAGACCCAUUUCUCCCUUCCGCACACCCCGCCUGUCACCCUGCUUUCCCUGCCUCGACUUGACUUGGAAUUGGCUGAAGACUACACAGGAAUGCAUCUCCCCCAUUCCCCAUCCCACUUGGGAAAUUCCAAGGGGGUGUGGCUUCCCUGGCACCCUGCCUACACCCAUACUGGCUGCUGAUUGGCUGGGGAGGCCCCCACCCUUUCUUCUCUUUGGUCCUUCCCCUCUGCCAGCCCCUUGGGGCUGGUUCCUCUGCUGGGGAUGUACCAGUUAGCCCCACAGUGAGGGGGAAGGAAGGAGGGAAUUUCACAUUCCCUUGUUCUAGAUUCACUUUAAAGCUUAAUGCCUUCGAAUUUUUGUUUUUUAAAGAAAAAAUAUAUAUAUAUAUUUGGGUUUGGAGGGGAAAGGGAAAUUUUUUUUUUCUCUUUGGUUUUGAUAAAAUGGGGUGUGGGAGUUUUUAAAUGCUAUAGCCCCAGGCUUGCCCCAUUUGGGGCAGCUAUUUAAGGGGGGGAUGUCCCACCAGGCUGGGCGAACCUCCUCCCUGGCUCCCAGGGACUUACCUCCCCCCUGGCUCCUUCCCCUUUUCUAUGAGGAAUUAAGAUGCUGUAACUUUUUGGAACCUCAGUUUUUUGGUUUUUUUAUUUGGGUAGGUUUGGGGGUCCAGGCCAUUUUUACCCCAUGGAGAAAAAAACGAUGAGGGAGAGAGGAAGGGGAGGAUACUUCUCCUCUCUUGCCUUCACCUUGAGCUUCUUGAAAAUGGGCCCCUGCAGAAUAAAUCUGCUGGUUUUUAUAAACGCUAA